GUAGCUGCCUGAAGAAAAACUAAAUGUCACUAGCACUAGCAGCGGCGCCGCUUCUGCCCUUCAAUGCUGGAGUUUUUGCUCACAUGCUAGCUAAUUGUCACCGUGUCAGAGCGCGUACACGUUUUUAAUGCAGCUUUAAGAUCGGUUACGUCUAUUGUCUCUGUUGGUUGUUUUUAAACGCAGUCGUUGUAAUUUCGGUAAUGGAGUGUCGUGUGUUGUCCAUUCAGAGUCAUGUUGUCAGGGGAUACGUUGGGAACAAGUCGGCAACAUUCCCGCUGCAGGUGCUGGGCUUUGAAGUGGACUCUAUCAACUCUGUGCAGUUCUCCAAUCACACAGGCUAUGCCCAUUGGAAAGGGCAAGUGCUGACAGCAGAGGAGCUAAAUGAGCUAUAUGAGGGCAUUAAGCUCAAUAAGGUGAACCAUUAUGACUACAUCCUCACAGGGUACAGCAGAGACACAUCCUUCCUGGAGAUGGUGGUCGACAUUAUUAAGGAGCUGAAGGAGGCCAAUCCCAGCCUGGUGUAUGUUUGUGAUCCAGUUAUGGGUGACCACGGUGCUAUGUACGUUCCAGAGUACCUGCUGCCCGUCUACAGGGACAAAGUAGUGCCUUUGGCUGACAUCCUCACCCCCAACCAGUUUGAGGCAGAGCUAUUAACUGGGAGGAAAAUCACCACAGAGGAAGAUGCUGUCGAGGUGAUGGACUUGCUUCAUAAAAUGGGCCCAAAGACCGUGGUCCUCACUAGUUCAGACCUGCCCUCAAAACGUGGGGACCAGUUCCUGGUGGCCCUCGGGAGCCAAACAAUAGUGAAACCAGAUGGGACCAACACCAGUCAGAAAAUCUGCAUAGACAUCCCCAAAGUAGAUGCUGUAUUUGUGGGGACAGGAGACCUGUUUGCUGCCUUGUUGCUAGCCUGGACUCACCAUCACCCCAAAGACCUGAAGGCUGCCUGUGAAAAGACUGUUUCAGUCAUGCACCAUGUCAUUAAGAGGACCAUUACUUAUGCCCAUGAGCUGGCUGGACCUGGGAAAAGGCCCAGUCCUGCACAACUGGAGCUGAGGAUGGUUCAGAGCAAAGCUGACAUUGAGAAUCCUGCCAUUGUAGUGGAAGCUAAGGUUUUACAAAAGUCUUCACACUGAAGACCGUAACGUUAUCGUGAACAUUCACAUCGUGCUGGUACAAAUCGGCUUCAAAUGUGGCCGGGCCGCCAGACACAUGUAGGGUUUUCACAUCAAAGACUGUCACGUGUCUCUGCCUUACAGAAUCUAAGGGAGUACAACUAAGUAUGUUCUCAUGAGCAGGGUCUGCAGGAUUUGUUGUAUGUACAUUCUGCUCACAGACACACUGGAAUCACUGCCAUAUUCGUCUGUACUAUGGCCUGUAUAGACAUCAUCUGCCAUUCAAAAGAAAAAAAAAAGACAUUAGCCAGUUAGGUUUAGGUUUAAAGAUAGUGUAGUGUACUUGAAUCCUCCUUAACAUGGUAAAAAUGAUUUCUGGCUAUAAAACAACUCCUCAAUUAUGCUGAAUAGACGCAAGCAUGACCAUGCCUCUACUUGUUUUGGCUAUGAUCGUAAAUAAAGACUAGUCACGUACUGAUUUAGGCCACAAGUAACACAAUACAAAAGCAAAGGGGUUAACAGCUUAUGGUGAA